GAGCUGUGCAACAACAAGCGGUACUAAACUUGGAAAUAUAGGAACCUUUGAAGAUGAUGGUAACUUUCGUGCAAAAGCAAAUGCAGAAAGAGGAGGAAGAGAAACGAGAGAAAACAAAGAGGGAAGAGAAGAAGGAGGAGGAGGAGGAGGAGAAAGCAGCAAGGGAGGAGUUAAAUAGAUUAGAGAUUCAGAAAGAGAAACAAAAGGAGGAUAAGGAGGUAAAACGAGAUUGGAGGGUUGAAACGAUGCUUAGCCUAGCGAAAAACAAGGAGAUGUUGAAGGAAGGGUUUGAGAAAAUGCUUGAAGCAAGACUGAGGGGAGCGGUUGUGACUGGAAGAAUGGUGGAGGCUAAGGCGAAGGUGAACAUCCAGUCACCAGUCGAGUCUGAGGAAGAAGAGGAGGAGGAGGUUAAUGAAGAUCGUCUGGAGAAGCGCAAGAGACAUCAGGGUCAGACGUCUGGCCUUCAUACAAGUCCACAGGCAAAAAGUCCAGCAAAGGUAGGGAGCUCCAACCCUCAAGAAGAUGAAGAACUGGCGAGAGUGAUUGAGAUAGGCCUAACUACAGAGAAGCAACCAUUUAAAGGGCGGGGAAGAACACAAAAUGAUAUGUAGAAUUCCCUACCUAUGAAUCAGCACUAUGGGAGGGUGCACCAAUAGGGACUAGUAGCAAGAAUGAAGCUAACUUCCGAAA